AAUCUAAUAUGCCGAGUUAAUUUCAAUGACAGUAGAUGGUAUAUUGAUCAUAAUAGUGACAUGCAAAUGAUUUAUUUUGUGACACCAACUUUUCCGAGACCGGAGCAGAUACCUGAACUUACCCGGUUGGCUCAUACACUGAUGCACGUUCCUCGUUUACAUUGGAUUGUAGCAGAUGAUCAGCCAGUUUGUUCUCCCUUGGUGACAAAUAUUUUGAAAAGAUCGGGCCUACCUUUUACACAUAUUUCAAGUCCCAAACCAUACAUUUACAAAACCGCACUUUUUCCACGGGGCGUGGCAAAUCGACGCGCAGCACUCAGCUGGCUGCAUGAAAAUGCCCGCGAUGGCGUUUUGUACUUUGGAGAUGAUGAUAAUACUCUCGACCUGCAGAUUUUUAAUGAAAUACGUCAAACAAAGAAAGUGUCCAUGUUUCCAGUUGGUCUAAUUGGAAAUUUCGGUGUCUCAGCUCCUGUCGUUAAACAUGGAAAGGUGGUGGGUUUCUUUGACUCCUGGCCUGCUCGAAGAACAUUCCCUGUGGAUAUGGCAGGAUUCGCCGUUAACCUCAAGUUUCUAAAGCCCGAUGCUAUCAUGCCCUACAUUGCAGGAUACGAAGAAGAUAAGUUUCUUCGCAGCUUAGACCUCCAAUUAGAGGACAUAGAACCUUUAGCUGAUAAUUGCUCAAAAGUACUAGUAUGGCACACAAGAACUACAAAAAAUCGAAAACCUGCCUUAAAAGUUGAUUUGCAUGAAAUUGAAAGCAUGCAAAAAUUUGACAAUUUUGCAAGAUUACUGAAGGAAUUAUACAGGUUAGGUAUUGUUAAUUUUGAUCCCACCAAUGGAACUAAACUUUUUAUUACACGUACUAAACACGAAAAUCUGUCCAAACUAGUGUCAACAAAUUUAGAGAAAAUGUUAGAUGGGAGCGUGCUUGAAAGAUCUCGCAGGUCAAAUUUAGCAAAAGAGCAUACGGUGACUAUGUCGCCUACCACCGACCUGGAGGAACGCAUGUAUCGUCGCAUGCGCACGUUAGUUGAAUAUUAUGAUACUUUUUAAACUCGAUGUCUUUGGAGCGAGAUGUUUCCAACAUACAUUUUUAUUCAUUAACUUAAACAUAGCCAAACACUACUUAAAUAUUACUAAUUUGCUACCCCUCUCGUGAAUUAAAGGAUAAUCCAACUUGAAUAAAACAAAAAAUCAAGUAAGAAAUUAAAACGUUUUCAGAGCUUGUGGUGCCUUGCUACUUACUUGGUUGUAUUUUCCGUGGCUACCAUAAAUUUUACACAUGAUUAGAUAUUCCUGCUCUAAAAAUUAAAUUACUUUUAUAUUAUUGUUUUGAUAACUAUAACUUAAACUUGUUCCUAAAAUUUUAUAGAGGGGAAAAAAUCUCAAUAUUUAAUAGUAAAUGAAACUAUUUUUCCGGAUUUUAAUCGC